AUGAAAUAACUCAAAUAAGAGUUGGAAUAAUUAAAUUAAAAAAUAGAAAAAUUAAAAUUAGAAAAUUAAAAAUUAAAGGAUUAAAUAGAAUAAUAAUCAAACUAAUUAUAUUUUUUUUAAUAAUAACAGUAACAAUAUUACCCUAAAAAAACAAAUUUAUCUACACCAUUUUUAUCAUCUCGAAAUUCAUCAUAUUAAAAAGUUUCAUUUAAAUUUUAAGGAAAGCUAGGUAUUCGAAUUGAAAAUGAUGGAAAGAGAGCACAAGACAAAGGAAGUUUUUUGACUUCAGGUUUUGUUAUCUGUGAGCCUAGCAUUCCAUUUAAUCAAAAUGUAAAACUUGCCUUUCUAAUUAUAUAAAACUAUUAUAAUAUUUAAUUAGGUAUCUGUUCAAAGGAUAAAUAUGGAGAAAUGAAUAGCAAAUAUAUGACUGAUGAUUUAGCAUCCUUACAAUUUUAUGAUAAUGAUACUAUUGUAAUUGACAUAAGAAUGAAGGAGAAAAAAUUAGUAUUUAAAAAGUUAAGAUCAUCAUAACAUAGAGUAAAUAAAUAACAUAAUAAUUUAGGAAAUCAAAAUUGACACUUCACAAGUUUUAUAUCCUUGUGUUUAUUUAGGUAGUUCUUCUAUUAUUGAAAUAGUUGAUUAUAAUUGA